UUUGAAAUCGCUCUGACACGGUACCGACGGCGUUACUGUAGGAAUACGUCCGUGAUGUGCGAUUUUGACGACCUCGUCGCCCUAGUUCGAGAUGCCACAGCAAACGGAAUUGCGUCGCCGCGAGACCGAUUUGACUACCUCGGUUCGCUAUUCUUCUCAGCCACUGUAAUUUCCACUAUAGGUGAGUGA